AUGGCCUCUUCGGAUCCCAGAAGCGAUCCGAUGGUAUCCAUCGACGUGCUUGAGGAAGUAGCAUUCACAGGAAGGUCAGAUGUGAGGGCGGUGAUCCCGCCGUCAGCAUUCCUGGGUAGCUUGGUACCAGUCUCGCUCGCCUACAUUCUCUUUAGCACACCUCGUCUGAGGAAUCAGCCGGCUUUCUGGAUACUCGGCUUUGCGUUGGUCUGGAGUUGGACUUGGUGCAUACUCGUCAUCAGCGUGGGUUGACCUCGAGGAUAAUAUCGACCAGGGCUUGUUCAGCUCACUGAUGGUUUCGCCUUGUUUGCAAUUCCUCAGCUUUGGCACGAUGAUAUCAGGCAAAUAGAUGACGAGGGUUAUCAUAUUCGACUUUGGUUGCUUGUAGAGCAAAAGUGCGUAGAUCGGCUGUCCUGACCCGGUUGCGAUAAUCUCACGCCACAGAGAUUCACACACCGCCGACAACUCUGCAUUUUCCACAACCCUCAGCAUCGAGACAUGGAUGAGGCCUAUGCUGGUAUGGAUCUGCGACACUGCUUUGAUCUUCAAAAUCUUGGCCUUUUACCCUUCGCAGCUCCAUAGCCUCCAGAAGAGACUGUGCUUCCUCAUCGUGCCAUUCUCUUUCGUCCACCUCGCCCGACUAGGCCUUCUGAUUGGUGUCCUCAUCACGUCCAUCCAGUUUCUGUACGAUCCCAGUCCAUUGGCAGACUCUAACGCCAUAUCUGGAGCGAGCACGAUUACGCUAGCGAUAGCCCAGACAUCGCUGUCCGUUGUGGAAAAUCUGGCGUGCAGUGCCAUUUUGAUCGCGAAGGUGAAUUGACGAUUCCUUCCUGCUGAAGCUAUGUCAACUGAUCCUAGCGAGCUCCCUGCCCGAGUGGGUCACUGACUACAUUUUACGCUCAUCGCACAGGUCGUCUCGUACUGGCGCAUGCCAUACGUCUGCUCCACAAGAUCAACAGCGGCUCGAAUGCGGCUCAAGUUCUUGCUGGAAGCGCUGCUCUUCACCUUCCUACCGGCCACGCUUGCGCAAGUUUCCUUGCUCAUCGUGGACUCGAUCACGUACAACACGCCAAACAUCACCACGCCAUUGGCCAGGGGUCAAGAAUACUCUUCAUAUCUCGCGAUGGUCACGAGUAUGCAUUUCGGUCUGCUGGCGGUGUGGUGGUCCGGUAUCCGAGCUCAGCCUCGAAGCGCAAUACGCAGCUCCGCGGGUGGCAGCGCAGGCGACAAAGUCGUUGCAGGAGAAACUGCUCAAACGGGGGAGACGGGGAGCGGGUACAAGCGACGUGCAGGCUUGAGGAGCCGUAAAGGUCAGAUGUCGUCGUCUCAGGAUAUGGACGCUCAAGACAGAUCCAUCUUGUCUUACCUCUCCGUGGAUAGAGAAGGGGAAGUGGAUUUCGAAGACUCUUACGAACCGGAGGAGUCCAUGGAGGUGCUCCAGACCAAGGUUGUUGAAGAGGAACGCCAGAGACAGCAGGAUGGCAAUCCGGAGCAUAGAGGCAACCUCACCUACACCACCGCUCGCAGACACAGUCACCAAAGUAAUCGACAGUCUGACCCGAGCUCGGAGCGACAAUCGUAG